CCCCCCUGCCCUCUUUCUCUGCCAAUCAGCAGAAAGGAGGACACUCUAUAAGUGGGGGCAGAAUUGGGAAGACAGCAGAGAAGAGGGAAUCAAGAAGUUUGCCUUACCUGUACCGCAGACCCUGAGUGAUUAACAGAUGAAUGGGAUUCAGUACAGCGACAGCUGGAAGAUGAUGUGGGGCCUUGCAUUGGCGUGUCUGUUCUCUCUCUCUCCUGCAGGGGACGCUGCGCAGGACUGUAGCACUCACUCCACCUUCAGAGAACCUGCGAACUCGGACAUCUCUGUGAUGUGUGGCACUCAGAUCCUGGAGCUGGGCAUCCUGCUGUGCCCGAUCUACUUCGCUGGCUAUAACGAAUCGCUGAUGGUGCUCAACGGGCAGUUUCGCACUCUCGCGUGCCACGGGACCCCUGAUUGGUCGGUGGACCCUCCCAUCCUGAAAUACAACUUCUCCAUCAGCGAGUGGGAACUCACCACCUGCGCCCACGCUAUGAGGAUUGACCAGGAGGUGGGUUCGGGGGUCUUCUCAGACUACUCCAAAAUCCAGUUUGCCAACAUCUCCGGGGCGAUUAACUCCUUCGACCCCACUACCGGAACCAUCACCUACCGGCAGGAGCUGAUUUAUAUCUACUCCUGCCGAUAUCCCUUGCAGUACCUCGUCAACAACACUGAGAUGAACGUGAGCGGAGCGAGUCUGAUAGUGAAAGAUAGCAACGGGAGUUUCAUCAGCACCCUGAGCAUGCAGCUGUUUGAGGACAGGAAGUACACCACCCACUUGAUCAUCCCCCCCACCGGUCUGCAGCUGAAGAAGAGGAUCUUCGUCGAAGUGAAAGCGACAAAACUCCCGGACAGGUUUAAUGUCUUGCUGGACCGCUGCUAUGUCACAGCUUCUCCAUUCCCUGUCAGCAGCUUGUUCUACAACCUCUUUGUAGGCUGUACUCGCGAUGGUCAGACAGUGAUCAUUUCGAACGGUCAGGAACAGCUGGCUCGGUUCUCGUUCGAGACAUUUCGGUUUGUGGAGCACAAGAACCUGCCCGUGUCCACCUUCUACCUGCACUGCGCCACGCGGCUGUGCGAGAAAUCAGCGUGCAAAGACAUCAGCCAGAACUGCACGCUGUCGUCUCGCAGGAGGAGAGAGAUGCAGUCAGGUCAGAGUGGGACUGUGAGUGAAGCUGAGACAGUGAGCUCCGGACCAAUCGUCACCAAAGUGGAAAGCGUUGUUCCUUCUACAGAACCCUUGAAAGUACCCACUUCCGGAAUCACCCUGGCAGGAGUGGGCGUGGCCAUCGCAGUGCUGUGCAUGGCCUGUGUGUCAUUACUGCUUUUCAUGCUUUUCCGGAAGCGUCAAUCAAGACAGAAAACAAAGCUGGGAGAUGAGUGAGCGAGUUAGUGAAUGGGUGCGAGACAUUUAAAGCCAAAAUGUGUUACGCAGAUAAGCAGAUGUUUGGAGAAUAUAUUAAGCCAAGCCAAAUACAUAAUGUUUCCAAUUUUCAUAUAU